UGUGGGAGGUGCUGACAAAACAAAGUUUUUUAUGCUGAACAGGAGAAUUAUUCAACCCAACCAAUAAUAUUCAUAUCCGAGCUGGAUCACCUGCAAAUAGUUUAGUUGUAAUUAUUAGAAGACUUGGCGCACGAGAUCAGAAUGGGGUACGGGUAUAACGGAGUUAGGACGUCCUAAGUACGACUUCAGAUAUUCUGUACCUAGACAGCACAUAAACAGAAGCACUAUGAACGCCUACAAGAGCCGCAAAUAGAGCUGUUCUGGAUUGCUUUUCCCAUUGUAAACUUAUCACUCUUAACCAUUCACCCUUCCUAUCAUGGCCCCACUAGUCUGGCUCAUCACUGGUAGCUCUUCUGGUUUCGGCCAAGAAAUUGCCGUUCAGGCUCUCGAACGAGGGGACAAAGUCAUAGCAGCGGCUCGUGACGUCUCCAAACUAGAGAAGCUCAAGGAAGUCGGCGCGGAAGUUAUCGCACUCGAUGUCACAUCCGAUGCCAUACUUCUCAAGGAGACCGCAAGUACUGCCCACGGCUUCUAUGGAAAGAUAGAUAUUCUCGUCAACUGCGCUGGUUAUAACGCAGCAGGUGUAGUCGAGGAGUGCAGCCCGGACGAAGUCCUCGCCUCCUUCAACACCAACGUCUUUGGCCUCAUGGCCGUCACCCGCGCCAUCAUCCCUUACAUGCGCGCUCAGAAGUCCGGCACAAUCGCAAACUUCUCCAGCACAAUGGCCUGGACCGGCGCAGGUGGCCAAGCCCUCUAUUCGGGCGUCAAGGCCGCCACCUCGGUGAUCUCCGAAUGCCUCUCCGCCGAACUCAAGCCUUGGAAUAUCAGCGUCAUCUCCAUAGAACCAGGUUCUUUCCGUACAGACUUCUUGGCAGGUGGCCAUCUGACUCUGCCGAAGGCGCCGUUGAAGGAAUAUGAUGGGACGCCGGCAAGGCAGGUUAUUGAGUAUAUGGGAUAUUUCGAUGGGAAGCAGCCGGGGGAAGUAGUGAAGGGGAGUAGGAUUGUUGUGGACGUGUUGACAAAGAGUGGGAGUGCAGUGGGGAGGGAGAUUCCAAUGAGGCUGGCGUUAGGACCGGAUGCGUAUGAUACUAUAAAGGGGAAGUGUGAGCAGACGAUGGUUUUGCUUGAUGAGUGGAAGGUGAUCUCGACGGCAACAAAUCACGCUGAUGUUGAAGGUCCAUAGUCAUAAGUCAAAAAAUCAUUUACAAGCGAUUAAGAGACUUUUGAAGCUACCA